AUGACUUUUCAAUUUUCGGCCGCCACUACAGCAGCAAGUGCACCAACCACCAGCUUUACAUUUGGAAGCCAACAGAAUCAACCUACAACAUCGGCGACGGGUUUUACAUUUGCAAAUCAAGCAGCACCAUCGACAAGCGGUUUAUCCUUUGGAAACCAAGCUAAUCAACCAGCAAGUGCCGCAACUGGCUUUGCAUUUGGAAGUCAGCCUAAUCAGCCUGCAACAUCAACGACUGGCUUUUCAUUGGGAGGGCUAACAACUCAACCAGUCAGCAAUGCCACAAACUCAGGCUUUACUUUGACUAAUGCACAAAAUCAACCGACAACAAGUAUACCUGCAAGCGGUUUCACUUUUGGAUCCAAUCAACCGCCAUCGACAUCGACCAACUUACUACAACAGGGCAUGAAUCCCUUAAACGCGGCCAAACCAACCUCUACCUUGUCCAUUGGUGGUAGUCUAACAACGCUUUCCUUGCCUACAACAGCAUCAACUUUAUCCGCUACUGGCGGGACUGCUUUAAAUGCACCAACAACAAUCACUACCAGUUCUCUCCCUGGUCUCGGCACGACAGCUUCAACGGGUUUUGGCCUCGGAACGUCAAACAGUCUUGCUGGCCUUGGUAACCAGAUAGCUGGCACCACUGGAGCCAAUUUAAACUUGACUACUAAUAACACGAAUGUAGCAGUUUCGAAACCUGCAACGAGUGAUCCAUCCUUCUUGGUAAUGGGAGGUACUGGCUUGCAUAAGCAGAACUCUUCAGGGACAAGCUCUGGCAGGCAAGAAGUAAAGAAACAGAAAAAGUUUAGAGAUGAAAUCAAUCAGAUGUCACUAGAAGCAAUUGAGAAGACAAGAGAGGAAAUAUCACGGUUAAACCAGAUUGCUGGUCGUUUAAGUAAUGCUACGCAAAGAGAUUCAACAGUGAUUGGUAAAUUGAGCGCGGCUACGCAGCAGGAAUUAAGAAAUACGGAAAUUAUCCAAAAAUGCAUAGACGGUCCUUCCAAUUACCAAAAUCAAGAAACUAAUGCGUACUUUAUGCGUAUGUUGCAGCACUUUGAAGAGAGUAUGAAUUUAUUUCAAGGGCAAAUUGAAGAGAUCGAAAGUCUAUUGGCAUCGACAAAUCAAAAUUCCGAUUCUACCUAUGAGAGAUAUCUUGAUAAGCCAAAGAUUGGAUCUAAUCAUAAUCAUACUGAGAUUUUGAGAAGCGCCGGCGAGAAUCCGUAUUUAGCCUCACGUAUAGCAAAUGGAAAGGCGGCAACCAACGUUGGGUACCUAAACAACGUAGUCUUUAACAUGGCAAACAGUCAAUUAGCCGCUUUAGCAGGAUUAGGCAAUGUGAAUAAUCUUGGUACUACAGCAAACCAGGCAAAUCUAUUUACCAAUUUUGGAAAUAAUUUCAACGCUGCGGGCAUUCAGCCUGCGGGUAGCACGUCAGCGAAUAAUGCAUUGAGCUUUGGAAACCAGCAACCGCUAGGCAAUACUCUAUCUUUGGGGUCUAAUCCCGUUCCUCAGCAGAACGUUACUGUAAAUUCGAGCGGUUUGUUGUUCGGUGGAAAUGUAGCAGGUACAGGUAUAGCUUCAGCACCUUUUCAGUUGCAAAAUCCUCCGCUUGGCCGAAAAUCUAGAAAGAAAUAA